AUCAUAGAGAUAAAUAAUCCGUAAUCUUGUAUCUGUAUAAAAUCGCUGGUGUUGUGAUCAUCGCAUGACUCACUUGCCCAUGUAAAAGCGAACACAGUCAUGCUGGUUACAGCUGCAAAGAAAGACAGGAUCUCAGACAGAAUAAUAGUCGGUAGAUAAGCGUGAGGUCAAGGGUCGAGUGAUAUAUACCUCUCUCGCUUGGAAACAGCAUCUGCAUGACAACGAGGUCACGAGGUCGCGCCCGCAGUUUCGCAUUCCCGAGGUCAGCAUUCCGACAAACUACACAACUAGGUCGUUAGUUCUCUUGAUCGAAGCAUGACUUUAAUUAUUCCCGGGCAGGUGAGAAAUUGUGAGCUGUAAGUAAACUCUUUUUUAAGUACAUAGCUGUUAAUUACCAUCGCUGACUUUACUAGAUACUGUGUAUAGCUAUAACCUCGUCCGUCUCGUCACUCUGCCAAGUGUUUUGAAGCAGACGAUCAACUGUAGCGAAGUAGGUCCUCGGUGCAUGAAGCCUUUCGUCAAGCAGAGUAAACGAGGUGACACUCGAUAACAAGCGAAGACGAGCUUUUACCUUUCGGUCACAUUUUAUAAUCUGUGUGUUGACGACUGGAUGGACAUUUAUUUAGGCCGUUCCACACCGUAAAUCCAGACUUGUAUGUCAGGGAUUGAAUCAAAGUAUAAGUAAUUAAUCAGGAUGGCAGUUCUACUGGAAAUCCUCGACGUCAACACAGUCAUUGCUUUAGGCGUUGGCGUGUUGUCGUUGUGGUGGUUUUCCGUCAGACGACCUGCAGGUGUACCUCCUGGACCUUGGCUGGCUGUACCACUGCUUGGUCACCUGCUGCUGAUGAAGAAAGAUUCUCGGGAGCAGUUCGCAGCAUGGCGACGACAGUACGGUGACGUGUUCAGUCUGUACCUGGGCAGCCGCCUGGUGGUGGUGCUCAACGGCUACAAAGUCAUCAAGGACGCGCUAGUAAAAAACGCCGACGCCUUCUCCGACAGGCCUCAUUUCUUCUUUCUUGAUCUUGUAACCGACAGCAAAGGUGUUUUGGAGACCUCAGGUCCCAUCUGGAAAGCCCAAAGAAAAGUUUCACUAGAGAUCCUGCGGGAGCUAGGGAUGGGCAAAAACGCCCUUGCGGAGAAAAUCCAGGAAGAGGUUAAAGAGUACACCAGGGUCAUAUCCGAGAGCCAAGGUCAGCCCCUGGAUUUGACCCACUUGACCCAAGCCAGCGUGUCCAACAACAUUUGCUCUAUCGUCUUUGGCAAACGUUUUGAGUAUGACGACCAUGUCUUUGAAGAAAUCCUCAAGCUGGUAGACCAUAUUAUCCAUGAUGCUGGAGCUGGCAGCGGUGCAAUGUUUCUACCUUUUAUGCAGUACCUGCCUGGGGAUGUCUUCAAACUGCAAAGCAUCAUGAACAACAUGCGCCUUGUGUUGUACAAGUUCGUUAAGCCUUUUGUAGAUGAGCAUAAUCAAAGGUUUGAGGAGGGUCCAGAUGAGGACUUUAUUGGCGCUUACAUCAGAGAAAUACACCAGCACCGCAGCAAGCGGUUAGGAUCACCAUACAUAAACGAUACAAACCUUCUAAAGUUAGUCUUCGACAUCUUCGGAGCUGGCACGGAGACGACCUCUACUGCUAUCCGCUGGGCUCUGGUUUACUUCCUUCACCACCCUGACGUGCAGGACAAGUGCUUCCAGGAGAUCCACAGAGUUGUCGGAACUGAGCGAGCUCCUAACAUUCACGACAGGCCCAAUUUGGUUUAUCUGGAGGCCACCAUCAUGGAAGUCCUUCGUUAUGGCAACGUAACACCCUUCAGCGUACCUCAUGCCACAGCUUGUGAUGUGGAACUCAGCGGAUACAAGAUCCCAAAAGACGCUUUUGUCAUCCCCAACCUUGACUCAGUGAUGAGUGCUCCGGAGAUCUGGGGGGAUCCUGACAACUUCCGGCCUGAACGUUUCAUCGGCGCAGACGGCAAGCUGUGGAGACCUGAAGAGUUUAUACCUUUCUCUAUGGGUCGCCGUAGCUGUCUGGGUGAGACACUCGCCAAACUGGAGCUAUAUCUCUACCUGUCAAAGAUGGUACAAAAUUUUCAUUUCCUGCCACCGGAGUCUGGCCAGCUCCCACCUUUGCUGGGAGUGGCCGGAAUAACACAUUGCCCUGAGCGUUUCUACGUUCGGGCUGUGGCUAGAACGUAACCUAGACAAGUCAUCUGUCACAGAACCAAAGGAGAGCUGUAGUUCCAGAUAAAUGGACACUUGCCUUAAUCUACUUGACUGCCUCAUCGACAGCAUCAAAGACCAACGACAGAAAUUCUUUCAUUCUGCCUACAGUUUUCUAAAAAUAAAAUAAGUAAAAAUUAUU